AUGAGCGCAACGGUCACCACCACUGCCCCAGCGGCUGUCCUUCCCGAUUACCGUCACAGGACCUACGACCUCAAGACUCCCGAAGAGCACAUGAAGAUGUACGAUGAAUGGGCCUCGACCUACAACGACGACGUUAUGGGCAACACGACCCUCUACGUCGGCCCCAAGACCACCGUCGAAGCAGUCCAAUCCGCCAACGGCAACUUGCACGGUGAAGUCCUCGACGCAGGUUGCGGCACCGGUCUCUGCGGCGUUGCCCUCGCCCUCGCUGGAGCAAAGACCAUUGACGGCAUCGACGUCUCCCCUGGAAUGCUGAAACUUGCGGGCAAAACAAACACCUACCGGGACUUGAUCCCAGCUGACAUGCAAAAGCCUCUCGACACACCAAGUGACAAAUACGACGUCGUUACUUGCGUGGGAACUUUUACCACCGGCCAUGUGCGAGCGGACCCAGCCCUUGGAGAGCUCGUGAGAGUAUUGAAGAAGGGGGGUGUUCUCGCUGCUACUGUGUACGAAGACAUCUGGAAAUCAGAAGGCUUCGAGGCGGAGGUAGAGAAGUUGGGCAACAGCGGCAAGGUGGAUGUCAUCAGCACCGAGGUCACGGAGUACAGGCGGGCGGAGAACGCUAUGGCUAGAAUGGUGGUACUGAGGAAGAGGUAG